AACCGGCAGAGAUUCCCAUCACCACGACCGAAAACCCUGCUGCCACAAGGGACCCUCCACCUCCCAAACUUCCUAUACCCCUCCGUAACCAUAGGAGGUGGCUCCUCAUUGACCACUUAAUCUGGCGAGGAACCUCCAUCACCCGAGCCCCCCACCAAGGCUGCUGGGUCUAAUGAAUCCACUUUAUCCAGCGCUUGACUACCUUCCCCCACGCCCUCCGCCCCGCCACAAUAGGACCGGAGUGACCAUAAACACGUACGUCACAGGGAGGCCAGCCGGGGGCGCGGGGAAAGACGAAGCGACCAGAGGAGAAACAAAGCCUGGGCAGGCAGUAUCUCGGCAAGAUUACGGGCGGUGGGCGGGACAGCCGGAGGCGAAACGGCAUCGCGGCGCUGUGGGGGCUCGAUCCAGGCCUCAGCUAAAGACGAAGUGUGGGAGACACAAUACCGGUAGCGCCGCAGGGAGGCGGCACUGCAAUCCCCUCGACGAAUAUGUGUGAAGGAAAACAGAGUCCUUGGAAGGCGAUGACUCAACAAACAACAGUGGGUGGGGCAACAACCUCGGCAACUGGAGGUGUGACAACCGCCACAAUACUCUCCGCCACAGAUAGAGUGAGCCAACUAAAGUCAGUCAAACUCUAUGAUAAUAGAAGAUUUAAGUCAAGCAUCCUUAUUCAAUCCAAUUUCCAACUAUGAACAAUUUCGCACUUUUACUAAACACAAUUACUCAAAAACCAGUUAGACAGAGUUAUUGGUGCUAUUUCGUUCAGUUGGAGUCCCCACUAAGCUUACUGUCGGCAUCACCGCCUACCUCUCUGUCUCAAUCUCAUUUGGCCACCCCGGAAGAUUGUGGUAGUACAGCACCAUAUAUAAUUAUACUCUGAUCUAGUAUCAAUGAA